AGACCGAGAUAUUAGACAAGUCUCACGUGUCGACUGAGACCGUUGUGUUCGACCAGUGUCACGCAUCGGUUCAGACCGAAAUAUUGGACUCGUGUGAUGUGUCGACUGAGACCGAUGUGUUUGACCAAUGUCACGCAUCGGCUCAGACCGAAAAAUUGAACCCGUGUCAUGUGUCAGCUCAGACCGAUGUGCUGGAUUUAGACCAGUGUCACGUGUCGAGCCAAACUGAACUUGGAUAUGACCCUUUACUGAUCGUCAACGAAAGUGCAGUUUCUCCCGGAGAUGUUCCGAUGUGCGAAAAAAUCCACAGUAGACCGGCGAUGGCAUCAAACAGAAAUGCUCAUGAGUUAUUGUCCUUUCCAAAUGGUGGACCAGAGGCUGGUGACACGGACGACGGAACAACCGUAUUGAACGUAGACCGUAUGAGUUCGAGGACAGAACUCACAAAAGAAAUUACAAUGACGGCCAAACAACGGAUGCGUAAAAUCAAAGUAGAGAAGAACAUCGCGUUGAAAGUGAACACGGAUGCCGUAUCUGCGCUACAAGAAUUGUGUAUGGCUCGAUGGUGGAAAAUACCGGAGUAUCAUUCAUGCGUUAAAAUAGCUGAUAACCAUUUUCAAAUAGAAUGCUCUUUAAGAGGGUACACGGUCAAAGGCGAAGGAUGGUCGAAAAAAGAGGCUAAACGUCAGGCAGCCUACAAUGUGUAUAUGGUCGUUAAAAAUCAAGAUUAGCUUCGUUGUAUUGAAAUUGAACGUGAGAUGAGCGAGGAUGUGAUUUUUCGGCUGCAUCCGAAUUGGGUCCCGAAUUAUUUUAGGU